AUGCCAAGUGGUUGUCUAUUUUGUGAUUCUUGUGUAUCUUAUGAUCAUGACUCUUCCAUGUGUUCUCAAACUUUUGUUGAUGGAUGUGAUGAUGUUGAAAUUAAUGAAUGUGAACAUGUGAACUUUGUGUCUAAUGUCAACGGUGGUCAAAGGUUUGAUGGACCUAAGAAUUUUAGUAAUAGGAAUUCUCACCCCCAAGGUGGUUUCGAUAACUACAACAAUGGAGGCUAUAGGAACCAAGGAAACCAAGGUUUUCGAGGUAACUAUAACAACCAAGGAUAUAGUAAUCAAAACCCGAGCCAUGGGUAUGGUAACCAAAGUCAAUCUCAAGGCUAUGGUAAUCAUUACCAUAAUGGUGGCAAUAAUCAAGGCCGUGGCAAUUGGAACAACAACCAAAAUCAAGGAAGUUUUCAAAAUAACAACCAAAGGGGACCCCCACCCGGUUUUGCUCCAAAGCCUCAAGGCAAUGGUGAAAAUUCUUAUUCCCAACCAUCAUCAUUUAAGACAAAUUUGGAAGAAAUGAUUGAUAACCAAACCAAGAUCAUCAACACAUAUAUGGCGGUGAGUGACAAGAAAUUUAAUGAGAUGAUGACUCAUAACAAAAUUCUUGAGACACAAAUAACCCAACUAGCCAACACUCUAAAGGAUUGUGCUAGUCCAUCCUCUUUGCCUUCUCAAGGAGUGGAACCUAAGAAACCCGUUUGUUCUAUCACCACUAGGAGUGGGAGAGUUCUUAAUGAGGGAGCUUCUAGGUCCAUUGAGGAGGAUGAGGAGAGGAGUGAACCAAGAGUGGAAGUUGAGAAGGUAGAGUCUAAGAGUGUGAGUUAUGAGGAGGUGCAAGAGAAAAAAAGGAGUAGUGAGAAAGAGCGUGAGGAAGUGCGGAGACCCGACCUUCCAUACCCUUAA